AUCGUAAUUUCGUUUAAAUAGUGUUUCCGCCUGCGCUCUUCUAAUUAUUUACCAAUAUAUAAUAGAUUUAUCCUCCAUUUAUCAUAAAAAUCUUUGAUAUUAUUCUAGUUUAUAGUUAUGAUGGAAAAACGUAUUCAACUUGAAACUAGAGGGCGAUCUCCUUCAAAAAUAAAAGAACUUAUAUUAGAUAAUUGUAAAGCUACGACUAUUGAAGGUUUGAAUGAUGAGUUUAUAAAUUUAGAAAAUCUUACAUUUAUUAAUGUUGGAUUAACCAGUUUAAAAAAUUUUCCUACUUUACCUAAUUUAAAAAAACUCGAUAUAUCAGAUAAUCGAAUCAGCGAUGGUUUGAAAAUUUUAUGUGAUAAAGCACCCCGUCUUGUCCGUUUAAAUUUAGCUGGAAAUAACAUAAGCGAUUUUUCAGCCAUUCAACCAUUAAAAAAUCUUAAAGAUUUGAUAUCCUUAGAUCUUUUUAAUUGUGGUAUACAACACAAAGAUGGUUUUAGAGAUAAGAUAUUUGAACUUAUACCUGGUCUUCAAUAUUUAGAUGGCUAUGAUAGAGACAACAAAGAUGAAUCAGAAAGUGACUUGGAUCCCUUGAAUGAUGAUGAUGAGGAUGAUGAUGAUGACGAAGAAGAGGAGGAUCCAGACUUUGAUGAUGAUGAAGAUGAUGAUGAAGACCAUCCAUUGCAUGAUGAAGAUGAUGAUGAUGAAGAUGAGGAAGAAGGGGCUGGAGAUGUAUCGAUAAAUGGUGGAGGAGUUAAAAAGGUGGCAGCCCCAAAGGGGCGUCAACCUAGGAAAGCCCCCACAGCUGAACAAGAGGAUGAGGACGAUGAAGAGGAUGAUGAUGAUGAAGGUGAGGAUGGGAAUGAAAGUGAUGAUGAGGAGGCUGAUGAAGCUGGUGAUAAAGUCCAUGUUAAAGGAGGUGUCAAAAAUAAAAAUAAAAAAGGGACCAAAAGGAAGUUACAAGGUGCUCCAGGGGAAGACGAUGAAGAUGAAGAGGAGGAAUAUGAUGAUUAAUUCUUAAUAAUUUUUUACUAUUUAGACUUGAUAAUUAAAAAAAAAUGAAUAUGUAAAAAGCCUAUAACAAAGCACAAAAAGUAUUCUGUUAUAUGUUUCUAUGUAUAUACAAUUAUGACUAUUUUUUCUUCAUAUAAUAGUAAUUCAUGAUCUACAUUGUCCUAUCAACCAAUAUUAAUUUUUUAAGUUAAAUAUGAUUUUAUAUUUAACUUCAUAUAAAUACAAAUAUAUUUUUUAUUAUACAUUUUA